UGUCACACCACUAUGUUGUGCUUUCUGGUGAAACAUGGUUCAUCAAUUCAGCUUCAUAGCUGCAGUUCUUCUGCUAAUAUUUACUGAAGCUUUAACCAACAAUAUAAGAAGACAAUUUAACUGCACAGACAAGACCACCAUAGCUCUGAAACGAGUUUGUGAUGGUAUCAUGGACUGUCCUGAUGGUUCAGAUGAAAUCAGAGAAUUUUGCAUGCUUAUGACGUGCCCUACAAAUGCAUUCCAAUGUAAUUAUGGUGCAUGCAUCAAGAAAUAUCUGAAAUGUGAUGGGAAGGCUGACUGUGCAGAUGGGUCUGAUGAAAGUCACUGUGGUCAUGAAGCUGGGAGCUGCAAUGAGACAGAGUUUCGGUGUGGCUCAGGUGAAUGUAUAGACCACAGGUUCCUGUGCGAUGGAAAAAUUGAUUGUACAGACAAAUCAGAUGAAUCCAGUAUCAUCUGUCAAGAUUUUCUAUGUCCAAGACAUGCAUUCCGUUGUGAGUCAGGUGGGUGCAUUAGCCAAGUGGCCAAGUGUGAUGGUUUUAAAGACUGUUCAGAUGGCUCAGAUGAAUUCCAGCACCACUGCCAAAAAAAGUGUUCAAAGGAUGGGGAGUCCUGUACAGUCUGUGCGUUAAAUGAGCUACGUUGCCAGUCAGGAGAAUGUGUGCCUCGUCGAGCAUUUUGCGAUGGUCGUCCUGACUGCAGUGACAGUUCAGAUGAAACGUUAACUACCUGUUCGAGAACAUUUUGUCCAGUGAGCAUGUUCCGGUGCAAGUAUGGAGGUUGCAUCUUAAUGAAUCUCACUUGUAAUGGGGAACCUCAAUGUGUGGAUUGGUCAGAUGAGGAUCCAAUACUAUGUGGACUCACAGUACCACCUGGAAGUUGUCACUUACCUGCACUUUCACCAUAUUCACACUACAAUGCCACUAACUGCCCCAUGUGUCAACCUGGAGCUGUAGUGGCACAGCAUCAUGAACUGAACUAUUCAUGUGAAGUUGGCCACAAACUACAAGGUAGCUCAUCUGUCUACUGUCAUGACUCAGCAUGGGUGCCUCAACUCCCUACAUGCAUUCCAGCUAAUGGAGAAGUGGUAUGUCCUCCUGUGAGUUCACCACGUUUGUCUGUGACUUGUGAGUCCCGUUGGGGCAACAGGCGAGGCUGGAUCCCAUGUGAUAACCCACUUCCUGUAGGCACAAUUGCUCGAUACCAGUGUCAGCAGUACUACAUACCCAAUGGGGAUGAGCACCAGCGCAAUACAUUUAGUGAAUGUCAGAAGGAUGGGACUUGGAGCACUGACAUCUUAAAAUGUGUUCCUGAAUGUGGGAAACUUGAUGAAGAAGUGACACCCCUGGUUAUAAAUGGUCAAGAAGCCAACUACGGUGCAUGGCCAUGGCAAGCUGGUCUCUUUACACUUCGAGCUGGCAACUGGACUUUCUGGUGUGGAGGAAGUUUAGUGAGUGAAUAUGCUGUGGUUACAGCUGCCCAUUGCACAUGGAAGAUAAAUGAAGAUACCCUUCGUGUGGUUCUUGGGAAGUUUUACAGGGAGUUUGACAUGAACCAAGAGUUAACACAGAUCAAAGAUGUGAGGCAGAUAAUCAUGCAGCCUGCUUACCAGGAUCGAAGGGGAAACUAUGGGUCUGACUUAGCAGUGCUAAUUCUGGCUACUGCUGUUGAAUUAUCACCUGUUGUACAACCUGUUUGCAUUGACUGGGACCUGAAGGCCAUUGAUAAUGAUUUAACUGAAGGAAACCUUGGGACAGUGGCAGGGUGGGGUGUGAAUGAAAAUGAUACCUACAGUGACACACUACGUAUAGUGCAAUUGCCUGUUGUGUCAGAUGAGAAAUGCAUCAAAGAGCAACCAAGAGACUUCAAGAAAUAUGUAACCUUCACCACAUUCUGUGCUGGAUACAGAAACAAGACAGGUGUAUGUAAUGGUGAUAGUGGGGGUGGCCUGAUAUUUCCCCAUCCAUCUGGACACAACAACACCUGGCUGCUGCAAGGCAUAGUAAGUGUCAGUCCACGACGACAUGGCACCUCCUUCUGUGACUCCACUUACUAUACAGUCUUCACUAAGGUUGGAAUUUAUAACAAAUGGUUGAAAUCAGCACUGGAAUCAGUUCAACCCAGUUACCAGAAGUCAGAAGGGAAGGAAUCUGAAUCCAGUAACUGAUUUCUUUGAAGAACUCCAAACAUGUAUCAUAAUGGCACUGAAAUAUUGGAGAAUAUAAACAUUCCUGAGUAAACUGUAGAAAUGAAUUAAAGAAAACAUACAAAACUGUUA